AUGUCUUCUCACAAGACCUUUAGAAUCAAGAGAUUCCUGGAAAAACAAAAGCAAAAUUGUCUCAUUCCCCAAUGGAUUCACAUGGAAACUGAUAAUAAGAUCAAGUAUAACUCCAAGAGGAGACACUGGAGAAGAACCAAGGCGGGUCUGUGA